GGGAGAGAGAGGAGCACGGGAGGCGGCUACUAAACACAGCGAUGAGAACACCGCUCAUACUGCGCCUUUCUUACACCAUCAUAUUAUCUCUGACUUCUCGUUAGUUAGCCUCAUUCAGACUCCACCUCGGUCAGUGUUUCAGCACCGCAACAUCGGAUCCUGUGCAUGUGAGCAGCAGGAGUGGCGCAGGACACCGCGCGUGAGACCCGCACCGCACCGUCACGCCACAGGACGUUCGUCCGUCUCCCACUCUCGAAUACAAACACAACAUGUGUCAGAGCUUCAGCCCUGUCAUCUGAGGCCGGGUCUCGACAACCGCAGUAUCGGGACUGCCAGAUUCAGUUUCGUGGGCAUCAUCACGCGCUGAGCCUGAAUGUCAAAAAGCUCGGCAGAAAGUCAGAGCAGGGGCGGCUCCGUCCGAGACGUGAGGAUGGCCUCUUCCAACAAUACCUCACCCGAUGGAAGCUCUCCACCCCACCAGAACCGCAUCCGCCAGUCGGACAGUAAUACCAGCUUCCUAAGGGCGGCCAGGGCAGGUAAUAUUGAAAAGGUGCUGGAUUUCCUCAAGAGCGGACAGGAUAUUGCCACCUGCAACCAGAACGGACUAAAUGCGCUUCAUCUAGCAGCAAAAGAGGGUCACGUGGAGCUGGUGGAGGAACUUUUGGAGAGGGGUGCGACCGUGGACUCUUCAACCAAGAAAGGGAACACAGCAUUGCACAUUGCUUGUCUGGCUGGGCAGAAAGAAGUUGCGAAGUUGUUGGUGAAAAUAGGAGCAGAUGUAAACUCGCAAUCGCAAAAUGGCUUCACUCCACUUUAUAUGGCUGCUCAAGAGAAUCACCUGGAUGUUGUGCGAUAUCUGCUGGAGAAUGGUGGAAACCAGAGUAUUGCCACAGAGGAUGGUUUUACUCCUUUGGCCAUUGCUCUGCAGCAGGGUCAUAAUCAGGUGGUCUCUCUGCUCCUGGAACAUGACACAAAAGGUAAAGUCCGCCUGCCUGCGCUCCACAUCGCUGCCCGCAAGGAUGACACCAAGUCAGCAGCUUUGCUGCUCCAGAAUGACCAUAAUGCUGAUGUCCAAUCCAAGAUGAUGGUCAACAGGACUACAGAGAAUGGAAAGAGUGGCUUCACUCCUCUGCAUAUUGCUGCUCACUACGGUAAUGUUAAUGUGGCCACGCUGCUGCUCAACAGAGGGGCUGCUGUAGACUUCACAGCCAGGAAUGGUAUUACCCCUCUUCAUGUGGCUUCCAAACGCGGAAAUACAAACAUGAUUGCUCUGCUGCUAGAUAGGGGGUCUCAGAUUGACGCCAAGACCAGGGAUGGGUUGACACCGCUGCACUGUGCAGCCCGAAGUGGACAUGACACUGCAGUGGAACUACUGCUUGAAAGAGGAGCUCCCAUACUGGCACGAACCAAGAACGGCCUGUCCCCGCUGCACAUGUCUGCUCAGGGUGAUCACGUUGACUGUGUGAAACACCUGCUGCAACACAAGGCACCGGUUGAUGAUGUCACACUGGACUACCUGACUGCCCUUCAUGUUGCCGCCCACUGUGGUCACUACAGAGUCACAAAAUUACUGCUGGAUAAAAAAGCGAAUCCUAAUGCCAGAGCACUGAAUGGCUUCACUCCUCUGCAUAUUGCCUGUAAGAAGAACAGAGUAAAAGUCAUGGAACUGCUGGUUAAAUACGGAGCCUCAAUUCAAGCCAUCACUGAAUCCGGCCUGACCCCAGUCCAUGUUGCAGCAUUUAUGGGACACCUGAAUAUCGUUCUCCUACUGCUCCAGAAUGGAGCCUCACCUGAUGUCUGUAAUAUUCGUGGUGAGACGGCACUGCACAUGGCUGCAAGGGCAGGACAGAUGGAGGUGGUGCGAUGUUUGCUAAGGAAUGGUGCUCUGGUGGAUGCCAUGGCCAGAGAGGACCAGACACCCCUUCACAUUGCAUCUCGUCUGGGUCAGACAGAGAUUGUGCAGUUGUUACUGCAGCACAUGGCUCACCCUGAUGCUUCCACCACUAAUGGAUACACACCUCUGCACAUCUCUGCUCGUGAAGGUCAGGUGGAGACGGCUACAGUGCUUCUGGAGGCCGGUGCAUCUCACUCACUCGCCACUAAGAAAGGCUUCACUCCCCUACAUGUUGCUGCUAAGUAUGGAAGCCUGGAUGUGGCAAAACUCCUCCUACAGCGGAAAGCACUUCUUGAUGACACUGGAAAGUACGGUCUCACACCUCUGCAUGUAGCUGCUCACUAUGAUAACCAGCAGGUGGCGAUGAUGCUCUUGGAUAAAGGGGCCUCACCUCAUGCUACUGCUAAGAAUGGCUAUACACCUCUCCACAUUGCGGCAAAGAAGAACCAGACUCAGAUCGCCUCUACACUGCUUCAGUAUGGGGCAGAGACCAAUGCAUUGACCAAACAGGGAGUGAGUCCUUUACACCUGGCAUCUCAGGAGGGGCACACAGAGAUGGCCUCCCUACUGCUGGAGAAGGGUGCACAUGUCAAUGCUGCCACUAAGAGUGGCCUUACACCACUUCACCUCACUGCUCAGGAGGACAGAGUGCAGGUGGCUGAAAUACUGGUCAAGCAUGAUGCAAUCAUAGACCAGCAGACCAAAUUGGGCUACACUCCUCUUAUUGUUGCCUGUCACUAUGGAAAUGUCAAAAUGGUUAAUUUCCUUUUGCAAAAUGGCGCUAAUGUCAAUGCAAAAACUAAGAACGGUUACAUGCCACUUCACCAAGCUGCUCAGCAGGGAAAUACACACAUUAUCAAUGUCCUGCUGCAGCAUGGAGCCAAGCCUAAUGCCGUCACCAUGAAUGGAAACACAGCGCUCUCUAUUGCUAAGCGACUAGGGUACAUCUCAGUGGUGGACACUCUGAAAGUUGUUACUGAGGAAACAAUCACAACAACAACAACUACGUUGACAGAGAAACACAAGCUGAACGUUCCAGAGACAAUGACAGAAGUUCUGGAUGUGUCUGACGAGGAGGGUGAGGACACAAUAACAGGUGAUGGAGGAGAGUACCUGAGAGCAGAGGACCUGAGAGAGCUUGGUGAUGACUCUUUACCUGGACACUACCUGGAUGGCAUGAGCUACAUCCACAACCUUGAACGUUCCCAUGAGACCUCCAGUCAUCUUGCUUACAGGGGUGAAGGAAUGCUGAUUGAGGAUAUGAUCACCAGCCACCAGAUUAAUAAGGUGUCUGCAUUCUCUCGAGAGCAUGAGAAGGACUCAUUUCGACUGAGCUGGGGUGCUGAACAUCUGGAUAAUGUGGUGCUUACUAGCACUCUUCUGCAGUCAGGCUUCCUGGUCAGUUUCAUGGUAGAUGCCCGUGGCGGUGCCAUGCGUGGCUGUCGUCACAAUGGACUACGCAUUAUUGUGCCACCUAGAAAGUGCUCAGCACCUACACGGGUCACAUGUCGUCUGGUGAAGAGGCACAGACUUGCCUCUAUGCCCCCUAUGGUGGAGGGAGAGGGGCUCGCAGGCAAGCUCAUUGAAAUUGGACCCACCGGAGCCCAGUUUCUUGGGUCUGUGAUAGUGGAGAUCCCUCACUUUGCUGCAUUGCGUGGGACAGAGAGAGAGUUAGUGAUUCUGCGCAGUGAGACAGGAGAGAGCUGGAGAGAACAUCACUGUGAGCACACAGAAGAGGAGCUGAAUCAGAUUCUCAAUGGCAUGGAUGAGGAAUUGGACACUCCUGAGGAGCUGGAGAAAAAACGAAUCUGCCGCAUCAUCACACGGGAUUUCCCACAAUACUUUGCAGUGGUGUCUCGCAUAAAGCAGAACAGUCACCUGAUCGGUCCAGAGGGCGGGGUGUUAAGCAGCACACUUGUUCCACAGGUCCAGGCUGUGUUCCCAGAGGGAGCAUUGACUAAACGGAUACGCGUUGGGCUACAGGCCCAGCCCAUCAGUGAGGAUCUGGUGAGGAAGAUCCUUUGGAAUAAGGCUACAUUCAGCCCAAUUGUUACUUUGGAGCCUAGAAGACGCAAGUUUCACAAGCCCAUUACCAUGACUAUUCCUGUCCCUAAAAGCCCAACCAGUGACGGGACCAGCAGUACACCCACUCUACGACUGCUGUGUAGUAUUACUGGUGGGACGACUCCAGCACAGUGGGAGGACAUAACUGGAUCCACACCGCUAACAUUCAUCAACCAGUGUGUUUCAUUUACCACUAAUGUAUCAGCAAGGUUCUGGCUUAUAGAUUGCCGUCAGAUCCAGGAGUCUGUGAACUUCUCCAGUCAGCUGUAUCGUGAGAUCAUCUGUGUUCCCUAUAUGGCCAAAUUUGUCAUCUUUGCCAAGACAUUGGACCCUAUUGAAGCACGACUCCGCUGCUUCUGUAUGACGGAUGAUAAGAUGGACAAAACUCUGGAGCAGCAGGAGAACUUCACUGAGGUGGCACGUAGUAGAGACGUUGAGGUACUAGAGGGAAAACCAAUCUUUGCUGACUGCUUUGGAAAUUUGGUCCCACUGACCAAAAGUGGACAGCACCAUGUGUUCAGUUUCUAUGCCUUUAAGGAAAACCGUCUUUCACUCUUCAUCAAAAUUCGUGACAGCACUCAAGAACCAUGUGGCAGGUUGUCUUUCACAAAAGAGCCAAGAACAUAUCGCAGUCUAAACCACAGUGCAAUUUGCAAUUUGAACAUCUGCCUACCUGUCUACUCGAAGGUAAGUGAAACACUAUAUUGCCUCACAACCACAAACUUGGAUUGGCAUGAUGAUGCAGACAGAAAAGAAGAGACUUUGGCCAUCAUUGCUGACCUUCUAGGAUUUAGCUGGACAGAGCUGGCCAAAGAGUUGGAGUUUAAUGAAGAUGAGAUUCAGCGAGUGCGCACUGAAAAACCAAAUUCACUACAAGAGCAGAGUCAUGCUCUUUUACAGCACUGGGUAGAGAGAGAAGGAAAGCAUGCAACUGAAGAUACGUUAAUUAAAAGACUCACUAAAAUAAAUCGCAUGGACAUUGUCCAUCUUAUUGAGAUUCAAAUGAACAAGUCAAUCCAGGAGCAAACCUCAAGAACAUAUGCCGAGAUUGAAAGGACCCUGGACCACAGUGAAGCUCUCUCCUCAGUCCAAGAGGAUGGUGACAGUGUUCGUGUGGUGCAGAGAAUGGAGACUUCACACAGGCAUCCUCCAGCUGUGUCAGAAGAAGACUUAUCUGUGGCCUCUCUCCUUGACAUUCCCUCAUGGGCUGAAACAAUGGGAAAUGUCCAUUCAGAGAGCAUUCAUGGGGAUAUGAUUGAAGAAUUGGAGAUCAACCAGGACAGCUUCACCAAUCCAUGGCUGUUUCAAGAGGUCAAAAAAGAAUCCACAAAGGAAGACGCAGAUGAAGAAGUUUCUGCAGAAUCUGAGGAGGAUAAUCAAGCUCAGUGUGACGUUUCAGACCAUGAAAAUGUUUGUCUCUCUUCAUCACCAAUUAAUGUGGAGACUCAGUCAGAAUUCCACCAACAAUCAACGAAGGCAUCUCAGAAUAUCUUUGAUUUCUGUCAGGUAUCUAUUGCAAGAUGUUCUUCAGGUGAAAAUUCAGUUGUUUUGUCAACAGUUGAACCUGAACACACAGUCCCCGACCUACUUCAAAACACUUCACCAGUAGUUAGUCAAGAAGAAACUCAGCUCCAAGAAGAAAAUAAUCAAGAUGAAAGUUCUAUGUGUCUUGAUCAAGUGUCACCUGUAUAUGAAAAAAGUGAUUUGGAAAGCAAUGAAAAAUCAUUGGAGGCAAGUCUACUUGAAUCUGAUGAAACUUCAGACACCAUGCAGUCUUCUCCAUGUCAUGAAAGCAAACCAUCUGAAGUUGAUAUAUCAGUUCCUGUAAGCAAUCAAAUAAUAGGCCAAAGUAUUAGUCCUUCAUUUUCCCCUUAUGCUCUUGUAAGGGAGGCUGAUGAAACUGUCUCACACAGCGUUGAGGUGAAUCCAAGUGUUUCAAGAGUGACUCCAGACCUCAUUAAGGGCUCUCCAGAAUCAGAUCAGGUCUUUCUUACCCCAGAAAUGCUUAGUGAUUUGGAUCCAGUGCCAUCAUUGCAAAGCCAUAUAGUAGUAGAACAAAAUCAUGUUGAAUCCUCUCCUACAAUUGACUCUGCAUCACUGCAAUCAUCUAACCGUCAUGGUAUCACAGUUUUUAUGUCCAAGAACAAUGUAAUACCAAAAGCACCCCACAGGCAUCCUUCAGAGCCUGAAGUUGAUCCUAGGAUAGACCAACAAACUGAUUCCCAUGAACAUGAACCACAUCUGCAACUAUUAGAGUCUCCAGAGCGAAAGCCAGAAAACAUUAGGUCAUGGAUUAAGAAAGAAUUGUUAUCCCAAUCUGAGACUGACCCAUACAUGUGGAUUCAAAGCAACACUGUACAGCUGAGUGAAUCUUCACCUUUCUGUAACUCCGACCUUAGUCCACAAACACCAGAAACAGUCAUAACAUGUCAGCAUUUUGACUUCAGGGAGAAGUCUUCUGAACUUGGGUCAGCAACUGUUUCACAGGAGGCAGUGGUAUCCAAAGGUUUAAGACGACUGCAGUCUGAGUCAAUAAUCUCUAGUGCAACCCAGCAGUCAGAAGAAAUGCAUUUUAACCGUUGUCUGUCAGAGUCCUCUGAACCCUUGAUGCUCACUCUGAACAUGAAUCCAGCUCUUAAUGAACCUGUUUCCCAGGAGGCAGGACUAACUCUGACACUCUCUCAAGAUGACAGUGACAAGGCCUUAACCACCAAAGAUUCCAAACAACUAUUAUCAGACUCAGUUAUGUCUGGUGCAACAUCCCAAAAAUCAGAGAAAGAACACUCUGACCUUUGUCUUUCUGACUCUUCAGAACACUUGGUAAUCAGCAUGAAUUCAGUGCUUGAGGAACUUAAGAAAACAGUUCAACCAGAACAGCCAUUAUCUGAUAAAACUCUCAGCUCUGAGGUGAGUGUUUCGUUAAUUCUUGAUAUAUCCCAAGAGUCAUUCACAGGAGAACUACAAUCAACAGUUAAAGAAACAUCAAUUGAGUCACCCAAAUCUAGUGAAAAUGUGGAAUUAGAAAUCCCUGAUGUACCAAAACCUGGCAAAGUUGAAAAACCAAAACACAAAGAUUUACUAAGCAUUGAAAUGCUUAGUGAUUUGGAUCCAGUGCCAUCAUUGCAAAGCCAUAUAGUAGUAGAACAAAAUCUUGUUGAAUCCUCUUCUACAAUUGACUCUGCAUCACUGCAAUCAUCUACCUGUCAUGAGAUCACAGUUUUAAACCAAGAACAAUGUAAUACCAAAAGCACCCCACAGCAUCCUUCAGAGCCUGAAGUUGAUCCUAGGAUAGACCAACAAACUGAUUCCCAUGAACAUGAACCACAUCUGCAACUAUUAGAGUCUCCAGAGCGAAAGCCAGAAACAUUAGGGUUCCAUUGUGAUGAUCAGGAAGAUGAUUAUUGUCCUGACGAGGGAAAAGUAUGCACACAAUUGGAUUUAACCACUGAACCUCUCAUCGAUGACAGUCAUGGCUUUAAGAAAGAAUUGUUAUCCCAAUCUGAGACUGACCCAUACAUGUGGAUUCAAAGCGAAACUGCACAGCUGAGUGAAUCUUCACCUUUCUGUAACUCUGACCUUAGUCCACAAACACCAGAAACAGUCAUAACAUGUCAGCAUUUUGACUUCAAGGAGAAGUCUUCUGAACUUGGGUCAGCAACUGUUUCACAGGAGGCAGUGGUAUCCAAAGGUUUAAGACGACUGCAGUCUGAGUCAAUAAUCUCUAGUGCAACCCAGCAGUCAGAAGAAAAGCAUUUUAACCGUUGUCUGUCAGAGUCCUCUGAACCCUUGAUGCUCACUCUGAACAUGAAUCCAGCUCUUAAUGAACCUGUUUCCCAGGAGGCAGGACUAACUCUGCCACUCUCUCAAGAUGACAGUGACAAGGCCUUAACUACCAACGAUUCCAAACGACUAUUAUCAGACUCAGUUAUGUCUGGUGCAACAUCCCAAAAAUCAGAGGAAGAACACUCUGACCUUUGUCUUUCUGACUCUUCAGAACCCUUGGUAAUCAGCAUGAAUUCAAUGCUUGAGGAACUUAAGAAAACAGUUCAACCAGAACAGCCAUUAUCUGAUAAAACUCUCAGUGUUUCAUUAAUUCUUGAUGUAUCCCAAGACUCAUUCACAGGAGAACUACAGUCAACAGUUGAAGAAACAUCAACUGAGUCACCCAAAUCUAGUGAAAAUGUGGAAUUAGAAAUCUCUGAUGUACCAAAACCUGGCAAAGUUGAAAAACCAAAACACAAAGAUUUACUAAGCGUUGAUCAACAACAUGAUGACUCUGACCUUGAGGCUUUUUUCGACUGCAAACAGACCAACUCAGACAAUUCUGAAGAAGACGAACCUCGGAAAGGCGCUAUGGCACUGAGUAAUGAAGUCUUAAGGUUGACUGUUUGUGAAUUACAACAACAACCAAAUAUCAGAAGUCCCUCAGAAUAUAUGCCAUCCCAGGAGAACCCUCGUUGGUCAAUCAGGUCAUCAGACAGUGAAGAAUUUGAGGAUUCUCUCAUCAUCCACGAACCUAAUGAUGAUGCAGAGGAGAAAGAUGUUUACUUUCCAUGUCAGCAGAAAAGUCUUGAAUCUUCUAUGCAAACUCCUCUGGAGCUCCCUCCUCGAGGAGGGGCUGAGUAUAAUGAUGAUGAUGAUCUGAGGAGGGGUGAUGAUGUUCCAGAUGUUCCUCCAGAGUCGGUAACAGAAGAGCAGUACACAGAUGCACAGGGAAACUUGGUUGUGAAGAAGGUGACCAGGAAGGUCAUUCGACGAUGUGUGUCAUCUGAUGGGGUGGAGACAGAGCAGGGGAGGGUAGAGGGCUCCGCCCAGCAGCCUUUCAGCGUGGCACGGGGGGACGGAUACUCGAAAGUAAUAAAGAGGACAGUACUGAAGAGUGAAGGACAUCAGACAGAGGUGACUUUCCAUGAGGAAGACCACAUGUUAGCUUCAAAGGGGGAAUCUGCUGUAGGCCAAGAGGUCAAACAGGUGGUCCGGACGACAAUGCUACAUGGAGAACAGCUGGAAAAGCAUGAGGGAGAUCCUUUCCUCACCACAGACCUGCCCUCUGCCCGGGAUGACUUCACCAAGAACGAGGAUGCAGAAGUCUAGAACCCACAGGAGGUCAGUAGUGAAGGAUGCUGGUGGACAGAAGCGGGUGUGCGUGGAGCAGAUAGACGGUCGGUCUGAGCCCCAUGACAACCUACAGCAUCACCUGCAUCACCUCAUUCACCACUUCUGUGCCCAAAACGACUGAGAGGAAGAGAGGGAGGAAGCUGAAGAGAAGUCCGAGUGAUGGUUUCCCCUUCAUUUUCCUCUCCCUAUCUGCAUCGCUCCUGUCUUUGAGCCUGUCUGCCCUCCUAACCACUCCCAUGCACCAUGCUCAUGCAAUCCCAGAGUGCACUUCACUCCUGCCACUUCCAGUCUUCCUGUCCAGUCAAACUGGAUGUUCGCCCAGUUUAAGUCAACAGACAAUAUUUUCUCUCUCCUUUUUUUCCCAGUUUACCAUAAGUGUUUAUCUGUUUGUCUUUCAUUGUGGCCAACUGGUAUUCUUUCCUUUCCUUUCCUUUCCUUUCCUUUCCUUUCCUUUCCUUUCCUUUCCUUUCCUUUCCUUUCCUUUCCUUUCCUUUCCUAAUCCCUCAAUUAUAAUACAAAUGAAAUAAUGAACACAAACAAAAUAAAUCACAAUAACCAAAAAGGUUUUUAUCAAAACAGAAAAAAAAGUCCUGGUUGUUCAUACUCAGAACAUUUAAGCUUGAACUAACAGAACCUGUACUGCACUGCCUACCACAACUUUUGAAUAUCGUUGCAUUAUAUCGCCACAUCAUGACAUGCUCUUUUGAUCUCAACAGUUGAGAUGUCUGAAAACUUCUUGCCUUCUUUAUCAGCUGUUGGGGUAUUGUGUGUCUGUGUAUUCUGUCCAUGGAGAGUAUAUAUAAUAUGCAUUUUUAAAAUGACAGUAGAUCACAUUAGCCACCUGUAAGGAUAUUAGCAGGCAUGCUUAGCUAGCAGCAGUCACUUAUUAAUAACACACUCUUUCUAUGGUUAGACGACUGUCUUAUUUCGUCUCACCCCUCUCUUUGUGUCUGUGAUCUGUAGCAGUUCUAUCAUCAUCAUCCUUAUCAUCACAUUUCAGUAGAGCUUUUUGUUGCAAUAGAACACAUUAAUAUGCGGCUUAUGGUUUUAAACUUAAUUUAGUAGGCAUUUAAAGAGGGACUCAGGAAGCAAAGGUGGAAUCAAAUUCAAGUGAUCAGUUAAGUUAUGCAUAUGAUUCUAUUUUUAACUUUCUAAAUGUAUUAUUUUCUUUGAGUAUGUGUGUUUGACUGUUUAUUAAAAAAAUUUGUUUUUUUAUUUUCAAAUUAUAUUAAUUUUGUUCUGUACAUAGUAAUCAAAAUAUCAGUAUGUGUUGAGGAAUCUUGCUUUGAGGUAUUUAUAAUGGUGAAUGCUUUUAAAAUAUGUUACUGGUUUCGGAAGUGAGCAUAAGGGAUGUAUGUUUUUUUUUUCUUGAAGAGUGUUUUAUUUUGAUGUAUUUCAUUUAGAUACUUUGUGUGUGUCAUGAAACAUAAGUGGGAAUAUUUUCUUUAUGGUUCAAAUAUAAGGUUGGCUUCAGUUCAGAAUGUUGGGAAGUUGUAAUAUUCAAAUGACUUUUCCUUUUUAAAUGCAGAUUAAUACAGCGGUGUUAGCAGAGGUUGUUUUUUCCUGCUGAUCUGAGGCCAGCUAUGCUUUUUCCCUCCUUAUAAUAAUUCGGUUUUGGGAAACUGGCCCUGGAUCAGCAUUAAAAAGUCAUCCUCUAAACUGAGCAAUGUCAUUAAGUUGAACACUGCUACUACUUUCACUGUGACUGGCCCACGUUUGAUUUACUGAAUCCGCAUUCUAUGUCUGUGGAGAUAAGAAUAUGCAUAUAUAUAUAGUACAUAAAUAUCUAUCCUUAAAGGCAUGUAUUAGUUUACUAUAUGACUUUUAAAAAAGACAUUUAAACACUAUACCUUGGAUGCAGUGUGUGUAUAUGGCUGAACGAGAAUAAAAGUGUAUAAGUGUCACGUUA